AUGUCACUCCUGUUCCUUCCUGACCUGCCUCCCCAGGCACCCAUAUCCCCCAACCUGUCACCAGUACAGGUCAAGCAUGAGGAGAUCCUAAUCUCCCUUGAAGAACUGAGGCAAUCGCAGAGAAACCCAAAGCCUGAGUCCAGCUUGGGCCAGCUUGUCAUCAGCAAUCCCAUCCUCAACUCCAGUCCCUGUCAUAUGUCACCCCGCCACCAGACUUCCUCCGUCACCUCCACCACCAUUGCUGUCGUGAGGCCACUCGAGCACUCGCUCCUUUCAAAUCCUCUGUCCCCCUCAUUGCCGGUAAUGUCCUCACCAGUGUUCCUCCCUGAUAAGAACACCCUGAAACUCCUCCUCCCGCUCUAA